AUGUCAUGUGAAGGAUGCGUUGGAGCUGUUAAAAGGGUUCUAACCAAAAUGGAAGGCGUCGAGUCCUUUGACGUUGAUCUGAAAGAGCAAAAAGUGACUGUGAAAGGCAAUGUAAAACCUGAAGUUGUUCUUCAAACUGUCUCAAAAACAGGCAAAAAGACUUCCUUUUGGGAUGCCGAACCUGAAACCAAGGAGGCUAUUGCAUGA